AUAGCAGAAGUUUACUAUAAUGAAGGCAAUGAAGCAUGCUUCAAGGAAGAUUACAGCAACGCAAUUUACUUUUAUACUGAGGGAAUUAAAGUGAACUGCAAGGAUAUAGACCUCAAGGAUCAAUUGUACAGCAAAAGAGCUUAUGCAAACCUUCGAUCAGGUGAGGCUAUUUGGAAUUUAGGAAGGACCCCAGGGUGAACGGACUCCUUUGCAUUUGCCUAAACUGGUAUGUACCGUCCAACAGGGUAUGGUUUUGGGUAGUCUCCUUCGCAACCGUUAUUAGGGUCUGAGGGUCUGUGACGACUAUAAUAACUGCUGCGAAAGAGACUAGGUUUUGGGGGUCUUGAGUCAUAAAUAGGGUAUACAACUUUAUUGUUUUUACUGUUCUGAACAGGGUAUCUUCGACGGCCUUCCCAAGAUAGAAAAAACAAAGGUUGAAUAAGGUUUAAUCCAGCCACUGGACAAGUCAUGCGAGGUCCGUACAAGCGAUUUUGCUACUCUAUGCGGGCAAAUUAUGGCUAGAAAAAAAAAGACUUACCGCGGUUAACAUUCUUUUUUCCUCGCCUAGAGACUGAAGUUCCAUGGCUUUUUUACGGCCUACGUUUAACCCCAACGAGGCCCUCCUGUAAUUUGGCGCUUUACUACAGUUUUCAGAAGAAAAAUUUCAUCAUUUUAAAAUUGAAAUCGUCAUAAAAUGCUUAAUAAAAAAUAUUGAAAACCUAAAAAAGUGGACUGGAAACUAACUAGACCUUUAUGGGUGUUUAUCUCAUAACCUAACCGUACGACUCUAAAAGAUGAACUGACAAUAAAGAAAGCUUCUUCCAUCUUCCAGUUUUUGAGAGAAAUAUCGAGCUAAUUUUAGUAUAAAAGAAAAACAAUUGUUUUAUCCGGAUUGAUGCACGUUCAUUCAAGGACAAAGGACCUCGCAUGCUUGCCAACUCGUUUUGCCUAUCAUAUUUGCUUUGAAAAGGAGGCUCUUGCUUUGAAGAAUGAUAUUUUUAGUGGCUCGUUGCGUUUGUUGUUGAGAGUGAUUUUUUGGCUUUGUUUUUUUAAAACAUUCUUAGGAAAUUACAUUUACUCACUGGUAGAUGCAAAAUAUGCCAGGGACAUACAACCAUUGUCAAUGGAACCAAUAGUAGUAGGUAAUUUCAAACGUUUUUUUUUUUACUCUUCAAGAAACAGGCUAAGUGUAUCAUGAUACAUAUAACAACACGAUCGUAGUACUAGUUAUUACCGCAUGAAAAACCUUAGCCGUUGUUUAAUUAUUUUACUUUCUCAAACUAUUGAAAACUGUGGGAGAAGCAGUGAGGCCCGGGGUUAAUAAAGUAGAAAAACACCAUUUAAUUAAAUCUCAUAUGUUUAUGAAAACGGUCCAGUUCUCCAGAUCACAAAAACAGAGCUAGCUUUAAGACAUUUGCGAUAAACCAAUGAUCGAGUUUUUGCGAGGUUGAGUGAUUAUCGUAGUGGAGGUCACCAAGUUGUCUAUGCAUAACCUUUGUCGAGUAACAAAAAUGUAGGCAGAGAAAGUUUAAGCUUAGUUUUACGUUAUACUUUAGUCUAACUCAGUUGUAAUUUAUAAUUAAAAUCAACGAGAGGCCCGUAUGGUAGUUUAGCUGAGGAAUAAUUUAUUUUGAUUACCAAAAAAAUUACGUCCCUAUUUGUUUUUGGUGCUUUUGCCGACGACCGCUUUGAUCGCUUUCGUUCCAUAUAAAACGAUGCUUAUUUUCCUUCCUAGACCAGUUUAGCUCUUAUUUGAUGUAUAUGGCUACAUAUUAAGCUGGCAAGCAGCGAAUUUAGCAAGAAUAGAUCAAUCCAUAGGUACCUCAUUUUGGAAUUUCUAAACAAUCCUGACAGAGUUAGACGCAAAAGAACCAAGUAACAUUUUGAGGGAGAAUCCACUGGCGGCCCAUUUUGCCUUUUACCUACUACUCUUUACAGAUUAAAUUUGACCCUUUCCUAAAGACCUGGCCAACCACAAUUCCUUUCGAAAGAUGGACGAUAAAGUGAGUAACAAACUGGCUAUAAAAAGAAAGGCAAAGGGGGGAAAAGAGCAAAACAGAUUCGCCAAUUAACAGGCAAAACAAAAACCAAAAUUAAAAAAGAUAACCAAUUAGACCUUUUAAAUUAGCAGGAAAAUAUACCCUUGGUUUUAUAAAUCUCAUUUUGGCAAUUUCUAUACUAAUUGUUCGAAAAACACUCCGAAAAAGAGGAUUUAGUAAAAUGAAAAUACUCUAUUUUUUGCUACUCCCUGAAGAUCGCCAAGGCCGAUUUGAAAACAAUUUUUAGCUUGUUCCCUUGUGUUGUUGUAGACGAAAUUCUUUCAGUCGAAAUAACUUACGUGGGAUUAGAGAAUCUGAAUGAUAGUUGUGUGGAGUGCCUGGUACUAAUUUUCAGAUAUUUGUCAGUUUUCACAAGCUGUAUUUUCAAAAUUAUCUUUUGGAUUUCUGAUCACAUCCGUUGUUGAUUUAUGGAAAAGUUUAUUCAAACAUUUUUGAUGAAAAAGCUUGACACCCUCAGCAGAUCGACUACUUGACAUGAUUUUCAAUCUGUAAUUUUUAGCACUUUUAAUUUCUCACCUGUUUAAAUUUUGCAGAAAUUCUAUGUAGAAGCUAAUACUAAUAUACUGACUGGACAACCCAGGCCUUGUAGUAAAAUGCAGAAAAGAGAAAAGCUUUUUCACCAAACAAACAACUCGAAUGUUCAUGCCGCCGUAAGUGAGUUAGGCUAAUGAGAGAUCAAGACCUAAAUAGGAUUAAUUUAAACAAAUGGAGAACGGGUUUGUUGUUACGUCCCGCAAAUGGGUUGCUGAUCAACUAUAAAACUAAGCCGGUGCGGGAUCGAUAGCUAGAGAGAAUGGUAGCCAGUAAAUAGAAACUUCGUGAAGAUUAAAAGCACUUAAAGAAGAUGGGGCCUCGUCCUUUUGUUGAAAAAGAGCCUCAAAGUUAAGUUCCCUCAACAGCUUUCAAUCGCAGUACCAGUCGUCUGUUGGUCUGCUCAGUGCUGUUUCGUAAAAUGGAAAGAGAAAAUGGAGCCGCGGGACCCAAUAGACCUUAGUUUCACCACCAACAGAGAAUAAUGAGACAGAGAGGAAAACACCCAGUCUAGCCCUUAAGAUUAUAUGUGAAUUUCACCAAAGUUAUUUUUAGACCAAUGAAACGCUUGAAAGUAAUCGGAAUUUGGUUUCCGGAGAGGUCGGCAAACGUUUUUUUAUGCAGUGUUGUCAAAAGAGAAUUCAAGAGUAGCCAUUACAAUAUUCUGAAUUGUGUGCUUUGUGGCAGUCGCGCGUGGACUUGAUGUGCGGACGUCUCAGGAAUUAGACUUCCCUUUAAUUACAACCUCUAAAAAUAACUUUAGUGAAAUUCACAUAUCCCGACCAACCCCCUUAGAUUCCCUCUCUAUCCCAUUAUUAGUGAGCUUAAGUAAAGACGUUUUUGAGCGACGCACGCACAUCAACCGGAAGCGGUCUUUUUUUAUUUUAAGGCGGUGGUUUUACCCAAAUGUUUGGACAAAUCGUUUCUGUAAUAGUAAAAACACUUAGAAAUACAAAUUUGGUAGCGUCAAGCUGCUUCAAAAUGAAAAAGACGUCAAUUCUGGUUGACGUGCACCGCUCAAAAACGCUUUUUUUAAGCUCCCUAUUCUCUUUUGGUUUCACCUACUUUUGUGCCGCUGCAUAUGCCAGUUUCAAUGAUUUUUUUUAUGCCAUCAAAUUUACACGAUUUCAGGGACGACAGCAGCUGCGAAGUUGAAACUAUUUGAUUUGGCCAUCUCCUGGUGUGAUUCAGGAUUAUUAGUAUCCUUUUGUUCUUUGCAUGCGUGCAGUUAAAAGAUACAUGAACGGAUAGUCUCAGUCUUUGCUUCUUAUGAUUUAAGUCUAAAGAUGUCCUGGGGACGAAGCUGCAACCCCUUAGUGGGUCCCUAGUAUCCCAUAAAAGAAAAACACUUCUCUUAUUGGAAGAAUACUUAAUACGGUCUUUUACUCAAUUUAUAAUACUACAUGAGAAAUUUCUGCAAUUCAGAUUGGCUUAGAGCAGUGGUAUUUCAGCUUAAUUUGAAAUAAAAUAAUAAUAGCAUGAUUUGUACUUGAUAUUUGGGAUAAAUACCACGUGUGAUAUUUCAAAAUUAUCUCAAAUGUCACUCGCCUAACGGCUCGUGAAAUUACGUAUAAAAAUUUUGAAAUAUCACUCGUGGUAUUUAUGCCAAAUAUCACAACAAAUCAUGCUAUUACCUAUACUUAUGGUAACAUUAUUUCCAAAUUUAAUUAACAAUUUGAAAAGAUUGAAAGGGAAAACAACAUCUUGGUGGAAAUUAAGAAGUUAGUUUUGACAUGCGCAAAUGAAGCAAAGAUCAGAGCCACAGACAACGAGGGAACUUAUUAUAUUAUUUUUUAUAAUAUCAGAGGUGACGAAUUACUCCUUAAUUUUGGCGCGAAAUUUCAGCGUUAAUUUGUAAUUUCACAUGUGAAAUUACGAAAUUGCCAUGGCAACUUUCCGUACGUCUCAGUGUCAAGAUGGCGACGAAGUUUUAAAAUGUCAUGAAUGAAGAUGUCAGGGCACAAAAAGACGCUUUAGAAAACCUGAACACACGAAAGAGCACAUCAAGAAGGGUUCUAACAGGUAUUUUGUCGAAAAACUCUGAACUUAAGCCAAAUUUAAGCGCUAAACGUUCGAGAGAGUGCAGGAGUUCUCGAUCGAUACGAUCCAGGAUAAACAUGUCAACGUAAUUCUUCACCCAUGAUAUUAAUAGGUAAUCAAAUGGUAUACUUGUGAAAUUAGGGAAUAAUUUCUCUUGCGUUUUGUCCAAAUCCUAAUAAUUUCCCGAGCCUUAAGGAUUUGGACAAAACGCGCGUGAAAUUAUUCCUUAAUUUCACUCGUCACCAUUUGAUUACACCUACUAAUACUUUCUGUUUUGCUUGGAUACAGCGAUCGAAAUUAUAGCCUUUGAUAUUACGCUGAUAUUACUUCCCUCCCUGGCCGUCAUUCGCAGAAGAGCUCUGGGGUCGAGACUUGUGGUCAAACUGGAUUUUAGAUCUGUACGCGCAGUCGAUUGUCGUCGAGUUGUCUAUCCUAAACCUGCAUAAUUUCAGAAAGCCGUAUGAACAAUUACCUCGGAGGUAACAUCGUAGUACACCCUAAAAACCUAACGUCACUGUAAUAAGUGAGUCCUUGAAGCUCACAAAAUUCUCACCUCUUUGUAAAAUUCCCGUAUUCAAAACAUUUGUACCUUCAGUUAUUACAUGAAAUUUUGGCGACACUUUUUGAGAUUUUUCUAAAAAUCGCUAAAUUAAAAUGCACCAAAAUUUACCACCACAGAAAAUAAAUAUGAAUAUUGGAGUACUGUCCCAAGACCUUUUGUCCAGGAUUGUAGUUUCACACACAUAUGCUAUUUGACGGUCGAUUUAUGGCCGUGUACCAUUGACUUAACUUGCGUGACAAUGUAUGACAUUGCAGUUGCAGUUUCGUUUGAUUGCUCGUUGUAAGAUUUUGAUUUAAAUCAAGCUAUUGGCGUCUAUGAUUUUUAAACACGUGUUUUUGUCGUCGUAAAAGUUUUGAAAACCUUAAUUCCCCAAAGUUUCAGUUCGUGAAAUCGUUAAGGAAGGUCUUAAUGGGGUGUGAGCUUUGACAGUUGAAGGUCAAUUUUUUUCGAAUUUUGACGGCUGACGGUUAAAUUUAUAGCUUUUGACGGUUGACGGUUUUUAAGUGGAAAUUUAGUCCCAAAGUUGACGUAAAUAUUAACUUCUGUAUGAGUUAAUAUUAACUGAUGUGUUUCGAAGGUUUUCUUGGCUUUUCACUCAUAAAAUUUCGGAAUGUGUUCAGGUAUAGGUGGGUUGUAAGGUAUUGUAAUGUCAGAAAGAGUGUUUUUUGGAGAACAUGCGAAGUGGUUUUUGCAGUUUAGAAAUUCUCUAGGUGCCGGAAUUCCGUGGAGAUCAGCUGAAACAUGCUGAAAUAGUGAGUUUUGAAAUGCUUUGAAACUCUUAGAAGGUUAAAAUCUCAAGCGCGUAUCUAGGAUAAAUACUGACCGAUUUCCUCAACGAGUGUUGAAGGCGUAAGCUUCCAGAGGGGUUCCGAGACGGGCUCCCCCAGGAAAGUUUUUGGAUUUUAACUCCGGCUUAUAGUCCCCUUUUCUGGUGGGGUUUCCGAGUCAUUCAGCCGGCAGGAUCAUGGAUUGGCCAGAUUUCAACUUAGAAAGUGUUUUCUAUUAUUAAAAAUAUAUUUAUUAUGAAAAAUCUGACCAAUUUCCGUAAAACGGUGGAAGCCCGGGUGGAACCGCCCCUACCUGAAUCUUAACCUGCAAUUUUGACGGCUGACUCUUAACUUUUAGGCCCUUUGACGGCUGACAGUUAAUCUCACUGAGACCCUCAUUAACUGACUCAUGUUCCAAAAUUUACGAAAAAAUCUCUGAAUUAAAGUGCUGUCAAAUAAGGAUUUUCAAAAUCGCUAAAUUAACGAGUCGCCAAAAUUUCAUGUAAUAAAGUAUGUUUCUCUGCAGUUUUUGGAUUUGAAAGAAAAGAAGGAAUGUUUUCUCUUGCAGAUGUUCUUGACAUAGUAGUCGUCAUCCUUUGCCGGGAGUGGUAUUUUAUUUUAUUACUACUCUUGAAAGCGGUAGAUUCGCCUAUUUCACCUUAGCAUAAAAUUAUUAAACGUGUGAAAUCUUUCGCAAUUUUCUCCAGCUCCGCACUGCCAAAAUAGAGGAGCCAACGCGCUGUGCGUCCCUCUUUCUGUUGUCAUUUGUAUCAAAAUCGCAAAAAUCGCUCAGAUUUAGUCAACGCCAGCUUAAUAAGUAACGAAGACGGUGACGGCAACGAGAACGGCAAAAAAAACAAUAGGUUUGAUUAGCAAAACAACAACUUUGCACGUGACUCACGCAUUUUUGUACAUUUCUUUGCCGUCGUUUCACGACUACAACGUGAAACUGCCUAAUUUCACGUUUGUCGAGGACGGGAACACAAGACAACAACUUUCUUUUUCUUUUUCUGAACUUUGAUACAGUCUUUUAGAGUUCAACUCCAAAAAUAAUUUCCAACAUUUGACGAAUUAGGCAAAAUGGAAUAAGCGCGAUUAAAUUUGGGGCAGCGCAAAUUCACUUUUUAAGUGACGUUUUCGUAGCUGUUGCCGUCGUUUUUGCUGAAGCUCCCUUAUUUAAUCCAUUCAGAAACGUAAAAAAUGUUGAAGGAAUAAUGAAAUAUUAGACCAGAUACCUACUGUAACACUUUGCUUUGUUUAACGGAAGUAUAAUGGCUUACUGUUUUUAGUCUUUCCGAGGAGGAAAAGUUAAACAUGGGCAACCCAAAACAACUUCCUUAAAAGAUUGGUCUUGCAGUUAUCACCUUGGAAUUAACGCUCUCAAACUCGGUGAUUUUAAAACAUCCCGAGAUUACUUGGAGUUGGCAUUGCAUGGAGCAAAAGAGAUCGGAAAUAAAAGCUCAAAAGGAAUUGUAAAUAACGCCCUUGGCGUUGCCUAUCUCUCUCUCGGUGAUGUCAAGAAAGCAAUCGAGUUUUUUCAUCUGAGUCUGCCUAUCGCAAAAGAGACUAAAAACAAAGGCUUAGAAGGAACUGUAUAUAACAACCUUGGCGGUGCCUUUGACUCUCUCGGUGUUGUCAAGAAAGCAAUCGGGUUUUUUCAUCUGAGUCUGCCUAUCGCAAAAGAGACUGGAGACAAAGACUUAGAAGGAACUGUAUAUAACAACCUUGGCAGUGUCUUUGACUUUCUCGGUGAUGUCAAGAAAGCAAUCGAGUUUUUUCAUCUGAGUCUACCUAUCGCAAAAGAGACUGGAAACAAAGGCUUAGAAGGAAAAGUAUAUAAGAACCUUGGCAGUGCCUUUGACUUUCUCGGUGAUGUCAAGAAAGCAAUCGGGUUUUUUCAUCUGAGUCUGCCUAUCGCAGAAGAGACUGGAAACAAAGACUUAGAAGGAACUGCAUAUAACAGCCUUGGCCUUGCCCAUCGCGAUCUCGGUGAUUUCAGGAAAGCGUCCGACUUUUUUAAGCGGAGCCUACGUAUCGCAAAAGAAAGUAGAGAAAAAGAUUUAGAAGGAGCUGUAUAUAACAACCUUGGUUGUUUUUCUUACUCUCUUGGUGAUUUCGAGGGAGCAAUUGACUCUUUUGAGCUGAGCCUGCGAAUCGCAAAAGCGACUGGAAACAAAUAUAUAGAAGGAAGUGUAUAUGGCAACUUUGGCAGAGCCUAUUACCGUCUCGGUGAUGUCAAGGAAGCAGUCGAGUUUAGUCAGCUGAGCCUUAGUAUCGCAAAAGAAACUGGACAUAAAGAUAUGGAACAAUUUGCAUAUAGAAACCUUGCUGACGGAUAUUUUUAUAUACUUUACGAUUUUUGUAAAGCCGAGGAGUUCGCUAAAUCCAGUAUAAAGCUGUUCGAGGAAAUGAGGGUUCUCCUUCCAGAAAAAGACGAGUGGAAAAUCUGCUUUCGGAAUAAAGAUGGUGAUCACGAUAGAUAUCGUCUUUUAUGGAAAAUUCAAUUACAACUAGGCAAGACCCAUGAAGCGCUUUUUACAGCUGAGGCGGGACGAGCACAAGCUCUCAUGGAUCUCAUGAAAUCGCAAUAUGGUGUCAGAAAAUCAGUUCAAUUGUCGUCAAAACAGCAGAUGGAACUGAUGAUGUUUAGUAUUUCAAACCACAUUUCGUCUCCUACGCUAUUUCUAGCAGAGGAUUCAAAAUUAGUGAAUUUACGGUUACUACUAAAGGGAGAUCAUCGUUGUUUUGCGCAAAGGAAAAUCAGUGAUGACUUGACAUUAGUGAUUAAACAAACAUACCAAAAGAUUGGUGUGAGGGGCGUGAAUCAAACCCUGGAUGAGCCAAAAGAUGAAAAGGAAUGCGCUCUAAAAGGACUGUACCUGAUAGAAGGUGAUGAACUCAUUAUUAUCCCUGACCGUUCAUCAUUUUUGAUUCCUUUUGCUGCCCUUGUGGAUCAGCAUUCCAGAUAUUUUUCUGAAACGGUGAGAAUCCGAUUGGUUCCAUCGUUAACAUUUUGCUGCUGCUAAAAGAGUGUCCAAAGAGCCGCCAUAGUACAUCUGGCGCAGUACUGGUUGGUAAUCCAUGGGUGGAAACUGUACGCAUCAAAGGCUGCAAACCAUUUCCGCAGCUUCCUGGUGCAGAGGAAGAGGUAAAAAUGAUUGGAAAGAUUCUAAAUAUCGAGCCUCUCACUGGUAAGAAAGCUACAAAAGAUCAAGUUUUAAGCAGGUUCAACUCAGUUUCUUUGGUACACAUUGCAGCUCAUGGUUGUCCAGAAACAGGAGAAAUCAUACUAUCUCCAAAUCUUGCUAUUUCGGACAAACCCGAAGAGAAAGACUUUCUUUUGACUAUGGCAGAAGUGCUGGGUGCACAACUGCGAGCCAAGCUUGUUGUCUUAAGCCGCUGUUACAGUGCACGAGGGGAGAUAAACGCAGAAGGCGUUGUUGGAAUUACACGUGCCUUUUUAGGAGCCGGGGCACGUUCUGUUAUUGCGUCUCUGUGGGAGAUUAGUGACGAAGCCACUCAAGAGUUUAUGAGACACUUUUACGAACAUUUGCUUGCAGGGAAAAGUGCAAGUAAGUCGCUUCAUCACGCAAUGAAAUCGCUACGGAAGUCUGAAAAGUUCAACGCCGUGGAGGACUGGGCGCCAUUUGUGCUGAUUGGCGAUGACGUGACUUUGAAUUUUGGCCAAGAAAAGGUAAGGCUCUCCCUGUAA